AUGUUGGCUACAUUCUUCGGAGAGGUGGUGCGGACGCCGUGCCGAGCCAGGACGGAGGACGAGGAGGAGGAAGAGGAGGGGAGGAGGGAGACUCCCGAGGAUAGGGAGGUCCAGCGACAGCUGGCGCAGAAGAGGGAGGUGCAGCUCUUUCGAAGACAGACGAAAACAACUUUGGAAGUUUCUCUGCUGGAAAAACAUCCUUGCUCCAAGUUUAUAAUUGCGGUAGGAAAUAAUGCAGUAGCCUUUUUGUCGUCAUUUGUCGUGUUUUCGGGAGCCUGGGAAGAAGUCGGUUGUGCUAAACUCUGGAAUGAAUGGUGUAGGACAACGGACACCGCGCACCUGUCCCCCGCAGAGGCUUUUUGUGUGUUUUAUCACCUGAAAUCGAAUCCCUCGGUCAUGCUCUGCCAGUGCAAUUGCUACGUGGCCGAAGAUCAGCAGUAUCAGUGGCUGGAAAAGGUUUUUGGCUCUUGUCCAAGGAAGAAUAUGCAAGUCACUGUUCUCACAUGUCGCCAUGUUACUGACUAUAAAACUUCAGAAUCUACCAGCAGCCUUCAUACUCCUUUCCUGAAAGCUCUAAAAACUCAGAAUUUCAAAGAGCCGCCUUCCUGUUCACUGCUGGAGCAACCAAAUAUUGUCCAUGACCUUCCUGCAGCAGUUCUGAGUUACUGUCAAGUAUGGAGAAUCCCUGCAGUUCUGUACUUGUGUUACACUGAUGCGAUGAAGUUAGACCUGAUCACAGUCGAAGCUUUUAAGCCUGUACUUUCUUCCAGAAGCUUAAAGUGUUUGGUUAAGAAUAUUCCCCAGAGCACAGAGAUACUGAAGAAAUUGAUGACAACAAAUGAGAUUCAGAGUAACAUUUACACGUGAUUCCCAAGAUCGUUUUGUACAGUGUAUCACCCAUCCAUUCCUUUAAGGGCAGCAGCAUACCCUGUUUUGUAAUUACUUUUUUCCACGGGGGUAUUAUGAGGGUGUUAACAGAAUAAACUUAUUUUAAAUUAAAAAA